AAAGAAGGUUGUUAUUACAAUGAAACGGGAACCGGACUAUCGAUAAAGUGUGUUUGUAUGUCGUUUUCGUCGAUAUUAAGUGUUGUGUUCACUUUCACCUGUGCGAAUGUCUCAAUCCUUACCUUUUUGUUUGUUAUUUCUUUUAAUUACUGCCGCAUGGGUCGGCGCUUACGUUUAAGUUAACCCUUUAUUUUGAAACGAUGGAACGUUGUUCUUAUGGUUUUUACACCAAAAGGUCAGAAAUACUAGAUAAUAUACAAAAAAAGAAAGACCAAGAAAAAGACCAGCCUCAAAGCCCUAAUUUCCAACAACAAUUAGCAAAGCCUGUCGAUAAACAGCAGAUACACAAUUCAGAUAUACAAAGUGCAAAUGUGUCAGUGACGCAGCAUGUUCCUGCACAGCUACUUUCACCGACACAUGGCGCGGGGUCUCCAGUCCAAUCAAAAGAUGAUGCCAAGGACAAAACUAUAAAAGUUGCCAAUUCUACAACAAUAACAUUAAUUGAAAAUAGCAUUAACGGAGAAAAAGACAAGGACAAUAAUUAUCCUAAAAAUUAUUUUACAUUAGAGCCUAAGAAUGAAAAAAAAGAUGAUUGUAACAAAAACAGUAUCACAAUAACUAGGACUAUACCAAAGCAGUCACCGGGAAGUGCUCAAGUUGAUAAAACUAAGAGUGCGUCAAAAGGCACCAAGAGGCCUCUACAAUAUUUAGAAACUCUAGCAGAAAAAGCUGGUAUAACAUUUGAAGACAAAUACGAAGCUGCAAAUACAUUACUUGCUUUAGAUAAACAGAAUAAUUCUUUUCGUAGACCUGAACUUAAACAGCCUAAAUCAGAACCGGACAAUCACUCGCAAGGUGAAGACUUUAGGUAUAGAAAUCAAAAAGAAGAGGAUGACAAAUUACAAAUACAUCAGCAAAUAAUUCAGCAACAGCAGCAGCAGCAACAGUUACAGCAUCUGCAACAGCAGCAACAACAACAGCAACUGCAACAGCUUCAACAACAGCAGUUACAGCAAUUGCAGCAGCAAGCAUUGCAGCGCCAGCAUCAGGCUAUUCAACAACACUUGAAAAAUCAGCAGGAUCAGCAAGAAAUCUUACAGAAACAGUUUCAACAACAACAACAGCAACAACAACAGCAGCAGCAGCAACAACAACAACAGCAGCAGCAGCAGCAGCAGCAGCAGCAGCAGCAGCAACAACAACAGCAGCAACAGCAGCAACAACAGCAGCAGCAGCAACAACAACAACCUCAACAGCAGCAAUCACAACAAACAUCACAGCAACAACAGCAAUCACAGCAACCUAAACAAGAGAUCCAACAACUCUCUCAACAGCAAGAAUUACAGCAACAGAAAUUUUUACAGGUCGUAAACAACCAGCCGGUACACACGCAGCAGUUUAACGUGCCUGGUAUCGGUGAAAUUAAUCUUAGCUUCCUGGCGUCACCACAAAACAACGUUAAUCUUCUUUUCGACAAGAACCAGAAAACCGGCAUGAGCGGAGAGAUCAAACAACAGCAAAUUGUUGACGGUCAAUCCCAAGUCGUACAGCAGCAGAUCAAUAUGUCGCAACACGAGCCGUCACAGCAGCAUCACCAAACGGUCACCGUUGUCUCUUCUAUGCCCAGCAGUAUGGCGCAGCACCAAGUCCAGCAGCAAGCAACGAGCGGUAUCCAGCAGCAAGCGACUAUGCCGCCCUUACAGAGCUUACCUUCUAAUACGCAACACCCUCAGCAAAUAAGUGCUGAGUGGGGCCAUAGCCGGGUGCAGGUGAUUCAGCAGCCUCUUCAGAACAGCACUUACUUGCAGCAGUUGUAUAAUGCCCAGGGGCCCCUCUUGAUGCCUGGAAACAUCGCACUGCAUCCAGGAAUUAAUUCUCAACAAAUACAGGUGAUCGCCGCCGGUAAGCCGUUCCAGGGCGGUCAGCUCGCGCCUCACAUGCUGACCACUCAGGGGAAACAAGUUCUACAAGGUCAAGCCGCACCAUUCCCCGGCUACACGACGAUACCAGCGAUACCUACGACUCAGAAUCAGACAUUUGUAUUCAGUCCCCUGGGUGUGAUAAACUCGCAGCCUAGUAUUAUCCCCGCGCACUCGCAGUCGACCGUCUCCGGUAUUGGACAACAACAGAAACCUUCGGAAAUGCAUAAGGUAAUGAGCGGUGGUAAGGUGACGGCGACCAAAGUGGGUGGCGCGGGCGCACAGACGGUUCCCGUUCAAGCUCAGUGCGUGCAAGUCUCGCAGCCGGUCCUCGGGCAACAGCCGCAGGCGCAGAUCAUCAGUCCGUUACAGACCGGGAGUCAAACAAUGCAGUUCGCGCCUUGGCAGAUAUCGGGCGCGCUGCCCCAAGUGUGGGCUGGGGGCCUCCAAGCGGGUACCUUGCCGGCCGGGGGCCUCCUGGCUCCUAACCCCAUUUUUAUCAGAGGCACCCAACCGGACUCGCAACCCUCAAUGUUCAUACAGCACUCCCCACAGAACAACUUGCAGCACACCAAUGCGAGCGUCGCUUGUGCUACCGGUACCGCGACCAAGCCUCGCGCUUCAUCGGACGGGCUUGCGAAGAAUCCGCGGCCACUCUCCAACAUCCUACCGUCCGGCAGUAUUCGUCCGGCCGCAUCCGUCUCCACACAGACGAGCGCGAACCAGGCGCAAAACCAGGCGAAACAGCGAGGUAAGCCGGGCGUACGGUCGCCGGCGCCGACGUCCAAGCAAGAUGCGGCCAAUCAAACCAAUAAGAUGCAGCAUCAGAUGCAACAACCUAAGCAACAAUUGCUCGUGAUGAAUUCGAGCGGUCAAAUGACGCAGAUAACGACCGACAAGCAGCCGCUCGCCAAGACCAUCCAGCAGCAGGCGAUGCUGCAGCAGCAAGCUAUGCAGCAGCAACAGCAUCAGCAUCAGCAACAGCAGUUAUUACAUCAACAACAUCAAACUCAGCAAAUGGUUCAACAUUACCAACAACAAGGUAUGACGCUGGGUAUGCAGCAGGGCACUCUCCCUGUUGGUUCUGUUUCGCAAACAUUGCCUAUGGCGGGGAUGCCACAAACUAUUUCGAUGGUACAACAAAUACACCCUUUAAGUAGCAUGGCUCAAGCGGGUACACUCGUGGGACAAAUAAAUACGAGCCAAAAUCCACAAACCACGUCACUCGCGCAAGUGCAGACAUUGCAGCAACAGCCACAGACGUUAGUCGGAAGUGGCUUGGUACAAACGUCAGUGGGAAUGGCCGUACAACAAUCCGUACUGAAUCAUGCGACGCAGAUGCAAGCAGGAACCAUGGGACUGAUUACCACACCAGUCCAAGGAUCAGUUUUACCGAUGCAACCCCAGGCCGCGCUUGUCACACACGUUAAAAAUGAGGAAGAAAAGAACCAACAGGUGACGCAGACGGCGGUAGUGCAGCAACUCUCACAGUCAGAGAGUGUAGAGGGAUCAGUAACAGAAACAGCCUCGGCUGCCACACCGAGCGCGGCCGCGACCAACGUAACAGCGGACGCCGCCGUCUCUACUACCACGUCUACAGGACCAAACACACCAACGGAGAUGUCGAAAUCGAGCCCUACGAAGGGGGCAGAAGGUGUGUCGAUAAUGGUGCAUGAUUCCACGUCGAUGUCAUCAACUGGUUCUGCGUCGUCGGCCAGCGCGCCGUUGUCCAGCACCGCUCAACACUCCACGUCCGUCGCGUCGCAGGUCGUGACGACAAUAGCAUGUUCGAGCUCCACUUCAAGCAUGACAUCAGCUAACAGCUCACCUGGAUCUUCGCCGGCCCUGUUCAAAACUUCGCAGUCUUCAAGCAGACAUAUGAGCCAGCAAGCUGUUCAUGAUAAAGGUCUACCGAAAGCCAUGGUAAAACCUAAUAUCCUGACUCACGUAAUUGAAGGCUACGUCAUUCAAGAGGCUGGUGAACCGUUUGCUGUCAACAGACCUCUCCGGGAAUGGUCGUCGUCCGACAAAGAACAGGACAAAGAAAACAAGCUUCCAUCAACGGAUGAACCGCCGCGCAAGAAACAAAUGCUAGACAACGGAUCGAGCCUUCCUCGCAUAAGUUCGAGCAUUGAGUCGAACGAGCCGACUCAGCAUUCCAGCUCGAAGUCCGAGGUGCCCAUGAACGAGACUUCGGACUCGUCGGCUGACGACGCACAGGCAAAGAUUCCCAAUGCCAAUAAAUGGACUGUGGCUGAAGUUUGCGACUUUAUCCGCAACAUCCCCGGCUGCGCUGGCUACGCAGACGAAUUUCUCAUGCAAGAAGUGGACGGCGAGGCGCUGUUACUCAUCAAACCCGAACAUCUGGUCAUGGCGCUGUCUAUGAAGCUCGGACCUGCACUUAAGAUAGUCGCCUGCAUCGACUCCCUUCGUCCCGAGAGUGAGCAAUCCAACAACGACCAUGACUGAGAUUUUCUUAAAGGUUUAUUUUCAUAAAUAAACCUCAGAUACAACACAAGAGUGUUCAUUAAAAUUAUUCCUACUUUGUAAGAAUUUUGAGAAUGUUUACGAUGUAUACCUUAGGCAGUAAUUGUAAAUAGUAGAUUUAUUUGAUAUUGAAAGUUAAAGUUAACGGAUGCUACAGCCUAUUCCGACCACAGCCGGCGUAAACAAAAAGAAACUUCGUUGACAUUGAAUUGGCGCGAUAUCAUUGGUCGAAAUUUUAAAUUAUCUAUGACAAUCAUUGUGGAAUCGCGCGUUUUAAAUGUCGACGAAAUCGUUAUCGGAACAUUGGAAGUAAAAUUAAAGUGGAUGUAAGUGGUUGAGUGGAUUAGUAUUGUACUGUAAAUGAUAUAAUAAUAUAUUAAUCAUGAUCUGUUUGUUGCGCAUAGCAUAGAAGAGCUAUAAGCAAAUCGUAUGGGAGAUGUGAGACUAAUCUAUAUAUAAAUAAUAAGUGUAUCUUUACUCCUAGGAUCGGAAUAGGGUUAUACAUCCGUUAGCUUAAAUGAAAGGUACGCGUUACUAAGGUCAAAGUUUUGCCAGAAUAGAUGUCGUAACGACCAUGUGAUCAACUUAACAACGUGAUUAUAUUACUAAAUAUACUUAUGUUGAAAUAUCUUUUAUUACUUUUAAUGAAUGUAAGAAGUAUGUAAAUGAUCCCAGUGACGGGCGAUGUUGAUGUUUCGUUUAGUGGUAAAUAGAAGAGCAACACAACUUCAACGUGGACAGGAGAAUAAUGAUAUAGUAUAAAUAUUGUUUUAAGUUAUGAUGAAUUACUUAUAAGUUGUUGGAUAUCCGUACUACGCAUAAACAAAAGUCGACAUUGAAUAAUAAACGAUAUUGUUGCCGAAAUGCUAUCACGUUGAGAAUAUAUACGCCAAAAGUGGGAGAUGAGAUACGAUAAUCGAUUACCACAAACAAUUUGUUUUUGACUCUUUCAGUUUUCUUCCUUUUCAUCGCAUGCGAAGGCUCUUACCUAAACUUUUGUUUAUACGGACGUAAUAAUGUUUCGAAUCGUAUGAAGCGAUCAAGAAACAAGGACUAUGUCGAAAGUUCCGCCUACUUAGUGCUAAGACAUUUGCGUAAUGACGUAACAUACAUUUUUUUUAAAUGUUUCGGAGAUAUCUAAAGUGGUAACAAACUUCUUUCAAAAGAUUGGUAGAACAUUUUGAAAAGAGAUAUAGUUUUCUUUUUUAUGAAAACUGAUAGACAACUUUGCACAAAGGAAAACUUCGUUUGUUACCGCCUUAGUAAAGAAUCUCCUGUAUAUUAAUUAAUUUAACUUAUAUGAAAUUUACGCAAGUAUCAGUGCAUGUCCCUAGAUAUAAUUUAUGUAUUUUUUUUUAUUUGUAUCAUAGUCUUAACGAUAUAUACAAGGUGUGACACAAUACUCGUAGUACGUUAGAGGCAAAUUACAGGUAUAAUACAAGUUAACAUGUUUUCUACAUCAUUUAACAUUCAUAAUUACCUUAAAAAUAUUAAAAUUAACGUUGUAAAUUGAAUAUAAAAUUCUGAAAGUAAAAUAUUAAAAUUAUGUAUUAUAUACAUUUUGAUCAUAUAUGGUUUCUUCGCCUUAAUCAAAUCAAAUCGCCUAAAAACAAAGUAAAACCUUAUUUAAUCAUUUAUUUUAUAAGAUGCGAUGACGGAGUAAUUUGUUAAACCUUGUGUAAAAGUCAAGAUUGAAUAUCAAAGAAUCGGCGUCAAUUCAGAACUCGUGAUAAACUCUACAUGAAUCCAUAAAAUUUAUUAUUAUACUUCCUGUACAAAUUAAAAACUUUAUAGCUGUCCAAAAUAUUAAACUGAAAAUAGUAACUAAAUCAUCGGCAUAUUAUUUUAUUUGUUUGCUUUAAAUAACCAUCAUAAUCUAUUUAAAAUAAUCAUGAUAUUAUAUUCGAGAUUAUAUUCAAAUGAUCAUCACACUAAUGCAAAUUUGCAAUUGUAAAAUAAAAUCACAUCAUACUAUGUCUGUUUUAUAUACAAUUAAACACGUGUAGUCUUGCAUCUAGCAGUAAUUUUAGAAUGCUUAUAAUAUAUGUAAUUUCUGAGAUGUUGAACUAUUAUAUGGUUUUCGUAGGUAUUUGAUAUUAUUAUCUCUUUAGUUUAGAUGUAAACACGAUCAGCGUGUAAGGUGUUGCAGGUGCAAUCGUUUACUACGUAUUUUGAAAAAAGCACAUUCUCUAGAUGUUUAUAAUUUGUUUCAUAUUCUCUGGUAAAGGCAUAAACGAUUUAAUCUAUGGUGCUACUUAUUUCUUUUAUUGUGCUUAUUUUUAUGUUAGUUUUAAUAAUUUAAAUAUAUCUAUAGCAAUUGUAUAUUUCUUAUGAUAAUUAAUAAUGCGUAUUGAAGAUGCAAAAUAGAUUGUGUAAAUAUUAAUUGUUAGACAUGUAAUGCUAAAUAUUCAGUGGAUGUUAUUAAAGAUUUUAUCGUAGACUUGGUGGAUUAAUAUAAUGUGUAAUUUACAAGAAACUUUUGAUUAAAUAAUGUAUGGGACAAGUAACAGCGUAUGGCGUUACAUACCAAAUACAAAUCUAAGAUCUAAAUGUACGGGAAUUUUAAAUUAUUUUAUCAUUUAAAAUUCGAUGUAUCUGCAUUGUUCAUACAUACUUGUAAAAUAUUUUUGGGCGCAUCGGCGCGGACAAGAUACCGUUGAAGUAAUCAUUGUAAAGUUAAAAUGCUUUUUGAUUCCCUGUAACGUGGAGAUCGUUGAUUGUCGUUAUUAUUAAGUUCUUACUUUAAAUUGUUAAAGAUUAAUGUAUUUUUCGUUUCGGUAAUUGACUUCGAUUGAUUCAUUUCUUUUUAAAUAAUAAUUAUCUAUGUAUAGAAACAAACAUAGUGAUAUAACAUAACAUUGUUUUAGAUAUAAUUAUUUUAUCGCAGUGACUUUUUGUCUGUAAAUUUUGAAUGUUUCUUACAAGAGCUUGUGCACUGCCAUGAGGUAAACAUAUUAAUAAACAACUAGUUGUCAAGCCGGCCAACAGCGCCAGGAAUGUCUGCGAUGUGUGACUGCAAUGAUCGUGAGGAUUUUUGUUAUAUUUCAUGUUUAAAUAUUUAUAGUCUUAACAUGUGCGAAAUUUGUAUGUUGUCCAGUUUACAUUGCUCAACUCAUUAGGAGAUGAACUUUUCACGUUGGAAUUAAUAUUAAUAAAGCGGAUGAGACUGA